AAUCCUGAAGCCUGGAUGAAUAUUAGUCAGAUAAUUUCCUACUGGGGCUACCCAAAUGAAGAAUAUAAGGUUGUGACUGAAGAUGGCUUUAUCUUGGGAGUCAAUCGGAUUCCUCACGGGAAAAUAAAAACUAAUGAUUUUGCCCUACAGCCUGUUGUGUUUUUGCAGCAUGGUUUGUUGGCAUCUGCUGCUUCCUGGAUUUCCAACCUGCCCAACAACAGCCUAGCUUUCAUUCUGGCAGACGCUGGUUAUGAUGUGUGGUUGGGGAACAGCCGAGGAAAUACAUUUUCCCGUGAGCAUUUAUACUUACCAACAGAUUCAAAAGAAUUCUGGGCCUUCAGUUUUGAUGAAAUGGCCAAAUAUGACCUUCCAGCAUCAAUCAACUUCAUCAUAAAGAAAACUGGACAGGAACAGAUCUAUUAUGUGGGGCAUUCCCAAGGCACCCUUAUCGCAUUUAUAGCAUUUUCUAAUUUUCCAAUGUUGGCCCAACGAAUCAAAACUUUUUUCGCAUUAGCCCCAGUCUUCUACGUGGAACACGCAAGAGGCCCUACAAAAAUAUUCCUAAACGUUCCCUCAAUAUUAUACAAGAUUAUAUUUGCUGAUCAAGAAGUCCUCCCACAGACCAUUUUAAACCGGGUUGUUGGCACAAAGUUGUGCAACCAUCAUAUAAUAGAUGUUAUCUGUGGCAAGAUCAACUUUGCUGUGUUUGGAUUUGACCCACAAAGUAUAAACAUGAGUCGCAUUGAUGUGUAUUUGUCACAAAACCCGGCAGGAACCUCUCUUCAAAAUAUUUUGCACGUACUGCAGGCAUAUCACUAUACUAACAUACUUCGAGCUUAUGAUUACGGAAGUCUUGCUCAGAACAUGAAACACUACAAUCAGCCUAUUCCUCCCCAGUAUAGUGUGAAGAACUUGCAAGUGAGAACAGCAGUGUGGUUUGGUCUAAAGGACAACCUGGCUGACCCCGAGGAUGUUAAAACUCUACUCCUGCAAAUCCCCAACCUCACUUACCUCAAGGUGCUACCUUCAUACAAUCAUUUAGAUUUUAUCUUUGGCCAUAGAGCACCUUGGACUAUUUAUUAUGAAAUCAUUGACAUAAUGAAGAAUACCCCAUAA